UAGUUGGAUUCACAGUUUAAUGAUAUACGAAGAGACAGCAACGGGCAGGAAUACAGUCGCAACCGCAAAGCGCAGUUGGCCGGCUGUGAGCUGUGAAGCUUGACAUUUUUAUAAUUCUAUUAUAUGGCAAUUUCGUGAACAAGGAAAAUUAAAAUCAAAAUAACAUUAUAAACUAGUACCUAUUAAUGUGACAACAACUCUUAAUGACUUGUGAUACUAAACACGUGCUUCAAUUAUCUAAUGAGAUGUCUGCGAUGUAUUGUUAAAUUAACUAUUUACAAAGAGUAACAAUAUUAUCAACGGAAAGGUACAUCGCAAUAAAGCACUUAUGACUAUCAAUAGUAACUAGCUCACGAGUAUUUGUAAAUCAAAACUUGCUAUCAAGGAAGAAGUACUAUAUAUUAUCUCCGUCUAUGAGUACGAAAUUGAUAUCGAACUGGCUAAUCAGUCAAUAAUGUGCCGGUAUACAAUAUAACACUCGGAAGAGUAGUGAUAGAUAAUAAACUGUUAGUAUCAAACCACAACAAAAUGGUAGAAGAAAAGAAGAAAUCUACAGAAAAAUUAGAAGAUGAUCCAUUACGUGAAACAGAAACUGGACAGUUUAAAGAUAAAACGUUCAAAGAAAAGCUAGCAUAUAUCAAAGACAACAUAACAGUUGAACCUAUGUUAGCUGGACUUAUUAUACCAAGCGUAAUCUCAAGGUUUGCAAUGGGAAAUUUUAAUUUAGACAAAGCUUGCAGAGUAAAUAAGGCCUUCGGUGAUGAAAUCUGUGAUGCUCUAGUAAAGAAGACCAGUAACAACUACACAUAUUACGAACAAGAAGUUCAGAAAUUGAUCUCGUCUAUCGACAUUUGGAGAGGACUGGUGCAAACAGCGAUUCCGUGUAUAAUCAUAAUAUUUUUAGGAGCGUGGAGUGACAGAACAGGAAAGCGGAAAAUUUGCAUCUUGCUCCCGAUUCUUGGAGAAAUACUGACGUCCAUCAGUAACCUGAUCAAUGUGUACUUCUUCUACGAAAUCCCUGUUGAAAUUACUGUGUUGAUGGAGACUAUAUUCCCAGCAUUUACCGGCGGUUGGGUGACAAUGUUUCUUGGUGUGUUCAGUUAUAUCAGUGAUAUCACUUCAGUGGAAACAAGGACUUUUCGAGUGGGUCUUGUCAACUUCUGUAUGACAGCAGGCCUGCCUCUUGGGAUCGGCAUAAGUGGAUAUCUGUUAAAGAACAUGGGAUACUACGGCAUUUUCAGUAUGACAUUGGUGGGGUUUAUUGUGAUUCUUGCAUACGGAUGUUUUUGCUUAAAAGAGCCAGAACAGUGGUUGCGAGACAAAGGCCUUCCUGUGAUUGAACGAAAAAAAGAAGAAAACGUCUCCUUCUUCGAUAUAACACACGUAUCAGACACAGUGGUUGUUGCCUAUCGGCAACGUGAACGCAAUGGAAGGACAAAAGUACUACUCACUCUAUUCUGCGUCUUCAUACUUUACGGACCAAGCAUGUCGGAACACUCAGUAUUUUAUCUGUACCUGAGAAACCAACUCAACUGGGACAUGGUGAAAUACGGUGUCUUCACCAGUUACUCCAUCGUAUUGCAUUCCAUCGGUGCAAUGUUUAUAAUAACAGUGCUAAGCAAGAAGCUCCAGGUGGAAGACUCGUUGCUCUGUACCAUCUCCAUUAUGAGCAAGUUUGUCGGCUCCAUUUGGAUUGCUUUCGUGACCACUGAUAUCGAGAUGUAUCUAGUUCCUGUCGUCGAAUUUUUCAAUGCAAGUACCUUCACAUCGUUGCGGUCCAUUAUUUCGAAACUGGUCGAAAAAGAUGAAACAGCGAAAGUAAACUCACUGUUCUCACUCACGGAGACAUUAGCGGCACUGAUGUUCCAGCCACUCUACACCUGGAUCUACAUGCGGACCCUGAACGUCUUCCCUGGAACAGUCUUCAUCAUGAGUGCUGGCUUCAUCAUUCCGGCUGCUAUUGUGCUGAUAAUGUUCUACAUUAAGAUAAAAAUGGAAUCUAGGAGUGCAAGAAAAAUCGCUUUUGAAGCACAAGAAAAACGAGACGCAGAGGAGAAAAAAGCGGAGCCUCUGGACUUUCUGAGACCCAACAUAGAACCUAUUGAAAAUACAGAAAUUAUAAAAUAACUAUUUUAGUUUAACUCGCGCAGUUUCAAAGUGAUUUUGCACAAUAUUGUGUGUUUCUUGAGUGGUGAUUCUUAAUAAAUUUAGUUAAUAAAG